AUGUCAAACUCUGCUGCUGAUCAUCACAACUCAUGCACCAGGUCAAGGAGACGUGUGCAUGAAGCCAUAGAAGAACAAGAUACUCCUGUCAAGUCCGAUGACGCCAACGUUAAUGCCGUCUUUUUUCGCCGUAGAGUGCGCAGGUUGUCUGAAUUCUCAAGAGGGUGGUGCAGAUGGGCUUCCAUGGUUUUGAUGGUGUUAGCUUUUGUGUCAGUGCUGGCCAAGUUUGCUUUGCUCAGUACGUUUCCGGAAUUGAGGAUGAUGGAAACAAUAGGUUUCAUUCGACCAGGGAUAUCAUCAACAAUGCAACAAAACAUGGUCAGUGAAGGUGGCAGCAAUUAUUUGACUCAAAUACAGGAAAGUUCCAGUCAGACUGGUGAUAUUUGGGCGCCACCAGAGAAUGCUACUUAUUACCAAUGCAUAAAUCGAUCGAAGAAGGAAUUUCGGAAUGGAACAGCCACAAAUGGCUAUCUCCUAAUUCGUUCCAAUGGUGGAUUGAAUCAAAUGAAGCUUGGGAUAGGUGACAUGGUUGCCGUAGCAAAACUUAUGAAUGCCACUCUUGUUCUCCCUUCUUUAGAUCACAAAUCCUUUUGGACGGACCCGAGUGAUUUUAAAGACAUUUUCAACUGGAAGAACUUCAUGGAGGUUUUAAGAGAUGAUAUCGUAAUUGUAGAGUCACUUCCACCAGAGCUUGCAGUUGUGAAGCCCCGGGUUAAGGCUCCGGUUUCUUGGUCGAAGAAACACCGGGUGCUUAAAUUCACCCUCACAGAUUCCCGACUUGCGAACAAUGUUGCUACCUCAAUCCAGAGGCUCCGCUGCCGAGCUUUGUUUAAGGCACUGAGAUUCACGGCUGAAAUCGAACAACUCGGGAUUAAGUUGGUUGACAGAUUAAAGAAGAAUGGUAGCAGAUACAUUGCUCUCCAUUUAAGAUAUGAGAAGGACAUGCUUUCUUUCACAGGCUGCAGUCACAAUCUUACCAAAGAGGAGGAUAGAGAGCUUGAAACAAUAAGGGAGCAGACGCCGCAUUGGAAGCAUAAAAGGAUCAACGGCAUAGAGCAGAGACGCUUAGGACAAUGCCCCAUGACCCCAAGAGAGGUUUCUGUGUUCCUUGAAGCAAUUGGGUUUCCUUCAGAUACAAAAAUAUACAUAGUGGCUGGUGAGAUUUAUGGUCAAGAAGGGCUUAAACCAGUGCAAGACAAGUAUCCUAAUAUAUUUUUCCACUCAAAUUUAGCAACUGAAGAAGAGCUACAACCAUACAAGGACAAGCUCAAUCAGCUUGCUGCCUUGGACUAUAUUAUAGCAGUGGAGAGUGAUGUUUUCAUCUAUUCUCAUGAUGGAAAUAUGGCCAAGGCAGUCCAAGGUCAUAGAAGAUUUGAAGGGUUUAGGAAAACUAUCAGCCCUGACAAACGAAGGUUUGUGCGAUUGAUUGAUAAGUUGGACAAUGGGGUGAUAACUUGGAAAAAAUUCUCGUCCCGGGUUAAGAAGUUACACGAAAAAAGGAUUGGAGGACCAUAUCGCAGAAUUUCCAGAAAUUUUCCCAAACUCGAGGAGAACUUCUAUGCAAAUCCUUUUCCAGGUUGCAUUUGUGAAAGGUCUAGUGGCUCAGACUCAACAUCAACAACAACAACAACCCAAAAGAUCACAACAGGGAGACGAAAGUUAAGAGGAAGGGUGUUUUAA